AUGGAUUCAGUUAACGCUAGUCAUAAAGUUUCAUGUUGGAAGAAUAGGGAUGAAUUUUUGGAAGUAAGAAAGCUAAUUUUUGAUGAAAACACGACAUUUGAGAAUAAGAAGAAGGCACUGGGUGUAUUAAAAGCAUGGAGAAUUAGACGAGGACAAGAAACGCCACUCGGUAUCCUAUGCACGUUAAUCUUACUGGAUGUCGAAGUUAAAGAUAAUGAUAAACCAGAAAAGAUCUUUGACUCGUCGACUCUAGGCACACUUUAUGGAUCAGCAAUAACGAAAUUUACCAAUUAUGCAACGUCAUUUAAACUUGGUAAUAAUACAAUGUACGCAUCUGCAAAUCAAUUAGGAAUAGAUUCAUUUAUCAUCGAUUUAAGACACAAUUUUGCUCAUGGACGGCAAUCAUUUAAUUUAGAUGUUCAAAGAUACAGCCACAAGAUUUGCAUGAAAUGGAUUAAAGAAUACUUUUGGGAUACAGAAAGUGAUAAAUUUCGAGAUGUUGAUAUUCGUUACAUUAGAUAUAAUGCAAAUUUGGCAGAAGAACUUGAUGACAUUUUCACAUUCUAUGAUUUGCUUGCUGAAGCUAUGUUAAGUAAUAUUAGAACAUUUGAGGAACUGAAAGAUUUAAGUGCUGUGUCAAAAGAACGAUGGCCAUUUGUGAUUGAAUAUAUGAAGGAGAAGAAUCUCAAGAACUUUCGUGAGGCUUUCAAAUAUUUUACAAAGAUUCUAGGCGACAUAAUCGCCUCAAAGCAAAUGAGAUUGAAUCCAACAACCUUUUUCCACGUAAUGCUUACAAACUGUGAUUUCUUCAUGAAGGCAUCUAUAUUGUCAAAAGAUUUAAUUAUAGAAGAAGUGAUGUCUGAUGAUGAGGAAGUUGAAAUAACUCCAAUGAAACGCGCAAAAAAAUCAAAUAGUCAUUCAAUCGUUAAUCAAUUCCAGCACCUGAUUUGGCACAUUGCAAAAAAUGAUUAUUUAAAGCUAUUGCUUGACAUGUUAUUUCAAGUUUAUCUCAAUCAUGCUGAAUCGGAAGUUCGUCGAAAGACUGCACAUUUUUGGAUUGUAAUCCUUCUUAAAAGCUAUGAAUUUUAUCAAAAGUAUUGUGAGUUCCUCAAAAUUGACAUUAUGGAUCAUAAAAAGAUAUCACCGGAAACUAAAAGUGUCUAUAGCUAUCAACUCGGUGCUGAUUUAAAGAACGUCAUUAUAUUUGUUGAAACUCAAAUGUUGCCGACAUCACUAAAAUACUCGAACGAGAAUGUGCUGCAUUUAUUGAAUACAUUGAAUGAACAUGAUGAUGAUCUUAACAUUUGUUUGAGCUUAAUGCCACACAUUUAUCCACGAUUGACAGUCGAGCAGAUAGAAUCUAUGAAACAAUUAAUCAAUAUUAAGCUUAGUUCUUCAAGAACUGGUGCAAAGGCAUCAUCAUUCAAGGAAAAUAAAAUUUAUAGUCUCGUAGAUUUGCAAGAAGAUAGUACCACUAAAACUGACUCAAAUGAUAAAGACAAGAUAUGGAAGUUGGCAGAUAACGAAAUUUCGUGGAGUUCCUUACCAUUAGCAUUCGAAUUUAAGGUUUAA